UCCCGUGGAACUUGACAAGCUGUCUGAUGGGCUACCCUUUUCAUUCCUACCAGGUUGGUUAGCAAAAGGAGAUAAAGAUGCCGGACGCAGAUGGUAUCGAGCGCGGCCCGGUUGCUACGCCGGAGGACUUCGUCAAGGCUAUUGAGAAAAGGGAGUUGGCACGACUGCAAGUGUCGAAGGUUAACAUCUUCUGGUUUGAAGAGGAAAGGGUGUCUAAAUGGCUAGAGUUGUUGGAGCAGGUUACAGGCGAGGCAUCGGAUGAAGACAAGUUCAAGUUAUUACCCAGAUAUGUCUGGUGGGAAAUCCGUCCCGAGAUAAUGAAGGUGGCUGCUGGAGCAGGGGGAGAUUGGGCCAAGUUCAAAGGAGAGAUGCAAAGGCGUUUCAAGCUAGGGGAUGGUCUGCUAGCAAAGGCAGACCUAGAAAUGUUGCAGCGCGAUGAGUUUACUACUGUGGGGGCUUUCGCAACAGCAUUUGAAAAGAUGGCGCGAAAGGUUCUAGGGAUGGCAGAGGAAGAGCAGUGUGCAACCUUCCUGGGACACUUCACAAAUUGGGAGGCCUCUGCACUGACCAAGAAGGGUGCGCCGGGGAAGAAGUUAACUUGGGCUGCCAUAAAAGAAAGCGUAACAGACGGGGAGUUGGACCAGGUAGACAUUUUUCAGAUGCGACAAGCCAGGAAGAAAAAAAAGGCGUUGGAUGCCACGACGAGCGACGAGCGAGAUCUUAAGAAGAUGGUAGAGGAUGCGGUUGCCCAACUCGAUACGGCGAAAGAGGCAAAGGAAGCGAGAAAGGCUAUGGCAGCACCACAGACCCAAGGAAAAGCAAAAAAGACGGUGGUGCAAGAGGAGGAAGACGAAGAGGAAGAGGAGCCUGAACCUCUAAAGCUAACAAAGGCUCAGAGAAAGGCAAAGAAUUUGAAUCAAGGGGGGCAAGGCUCAGGAAAGGGGCAGGUCCCGCAAGUAACAGCGCUAUCACCCCCUGAGUCGCAUGGUCUGGCCGCGCCGGCACCCUAUGGGCCGUGGCCGGGUUAUGGACCUCCAAGUCCUUGGCUUGGGCACUGUUCAUACGUACCAUGGCCGGUGAGUGGACCGCAUGGAUCAUGCGCGGGAGCGCCAUUGAGCGCGGCUUCCUGCGGGUGUGCAGGGCCUCAGUCUCAACAGGUAAACCACCCGAACCCGCAGCCGAGCCAACCUCAACAGUCGGCCUCACAAGGAUCGCAAGAAAACCAAGGCGGCGGAUGUGGACAGAAUCAAGGAUGGGGCCGAGGGCGAGGAAAUGGAAGGGGAAAUGGUGGUGGUAAUUCCACAGGAGGAGGAAAUGGGGACUAGAAUGCGUCAGGAAGUCAGGGUAGCCAAGAAGGUGGAAGGGGCUUUGGUAGAGGAAGGAUAGAUUGGAGGAAUGCCAUUUGCUGG